AUGAAGUCAUCAGCGCAGAUUUGGGUUGCACUCGGCGUGGCCAUCAGCCUUUUCGGCACCGUUUGUGGACUAAGUGCGAUCAUCAACCACCGGGCGAGCAAUGAUACGGUGGAGAUUAGCAGGAGUCGGGCGGAACGAUCCCUGAUGUUCCCGUACAACAGUGCUUUGGGGUUGAUUGUGGCCAUUGCCGUCCCGUUGAAAGUUCCGGAUCGUAAUAUCUUCAUGUCGUACAACUUCGAAGGGAAUUACAACAGUCCUCAAUCGACGAACGUUUUCACCGAGGGGUUCUUCAAUUGGGUUCGUGGAAUUGCCCCAGUUCUGGAAACUCCAGCUAUUGCAAUUAACAGAGCGUUGGACGGAGAUCCUGAAGUUGAGUAUGCUGAGUCUACAACGGUAGCGGAUGAAGAAGAGUCACCCAAAGUGACUCGCGCGAUCCACACCAGAACUCCGAUCUACACCCGGAAGAAGGUCUACCGAGCGAUUGAGUCACAGUUUAUCAAAAAUGGUUUCAACGGAAAGAAGUGCCUCCUCCGACUCAUCUGCGAAGCUUCGGAGAUCCCGGUCCACGAACACAACGGCAUCCUCGGCGACCUAUUCCACAUCGUGCUCAGUCCUUCAACCUCCAAGGACGAAAACCUACCCCCGGAGUUCUACAAGGCCGAACGCUUCGGCGUCCAAGGACACUGCCACAAGUACCGGAAGCACUGCCAGGAGAACGUAUUCGACCUGUUCAGCGUAAUCAUGUAA